UCCAAAAGCAGAUUUUGCCCUGCUCUAAAAGCUGCUCCAAAAUGCUGGAGGGCAUUCCCACCACUGCAUAUGUGGCGACCACCUGACAGGUGUGCUUGCGAGAAGGCAAGCAAGGAGUCUAAGAAAUUGAAGUUUUUGCAAAUGAAGCUGUUUAUUGGGAUUGUUGUGAAAGCAACCGUCUUCGUUCCGAGGAGUCUGUUAACCGUACCGAAGCAUCGUGGCAAAGCGGUCGGAACAGAUUAGAAAGCUUAAUUUGUUGAAUUCCAAUGGCGGAGUCGGAGCAAGUUUUUCUGCUCCUUUCAGAGCAAAUGUGUUCCAAUGACAGAGUGAGGGCGGAAGUCAAGAGUUCCAAUGAGAGAGUCGGGGGGGAUUCAGAGCGGGAGUCGCUCCGUGGAGCAGGAAAAACUGCUCCGCCGAAAUCGGCGGAGUGGGCCGGAACUCAGCGUGACGCACUUCCUUUAACACGUUUGACUGCUUGGGGGCGCGGCUGGCGCGCCGCGAGUUGUGUUGAUAAUGGCGGACGGCAUGGACGGCUCGGCUACCUCGGCAAAGCGUGUGGCAUUGCUUCUGCUACUCGAUAGCGACAGCUCCGAGUCGGAAAGCUCAAGUUCUGACACGAGUGAUUCGUCGGACAGUGACAACGACGCUGAAGCUUGCGCUUACGAGCGGGAAUUCGACAGGAUGUUCCGCAUUCUCGCGAAGAGGCCCAAAGUUGUCGGUUUUACCGAGGACGUCGUUCGGCAGUACUCGGACCAUGAGUUCCGGAGGCACUUUAGGCUGGCUGGACCUGUGGCCGAAAAGUUGAUCGCAGAGUUUGCUGCCUCGUCAAUGUGCCCUUCGAGCACACAUGGAGGAGUUCCAGCGAAAUCUGCGGAAACGCAUGUCUUGACAUUUAUGUGGUUAAAAAGCACCGUGUACCGAGUCCUUCAAAGAGUAGCGGAGUUCCUCAUGACGCUGGGACCAUCAGUGAUCAAGUUUCCCACAGACCUGGAGAAACUCACUAGCAGUUUUGAGAAUAAGUGGAGGCCACUGUCAUUACCAUUGGGUUACAAAUGA